UCACAGUGUUGCAAGGCAUCCCUGGAAGAGGAGGUGCAUUAAACUAGGAGAAGCGAGCAAGGGGAGAGAAAAGUGUGUGUGUUAGUGUUUGCCUUGUUCUCUUUCAGCGAGCAGAGUAAGGACCCUUGCCAGAUUUGGAGCUCAUCUGAAAUGCAUUAAACCCUGAAGAAGAACGAUCCUCUAUAAUCUAGCUGCGUUGGCGCUCCACUGAGGGUUCCUAUUUGCUGUCAGAGGUACACCCGUACAUGUUGCUGCAGCUCCUCCAAGAGACUGUUUUUGUCUUCUCAAGUCAAAAUAUUUUCCAAUCUCCAAACGGAAAGACUGGAGGGAAAGAGUGAUCAAGGUGUUGAAGAAGUCUGUGCUUUCUCCAUAAUUACGUGGGGUUAAACGUUAUCAGUGUGGUGACUGUUUUCAAACGGGAAGAUCCAGACUUCAAACGAAACAGCAGCCCUAUCGUUCCCCUUGGUGUCUGCAGAGGAGGUUUCAAGGACAAGUGAGCAGCAUUCACAUAAAUACAGGAAACACCUGAAGGUUCAGCCACAGGAAAUACAGCUCCAAACAACAGAUAUACUCUGACACAGAUUUUUUUAUAAGAAGCUCUCUAUCAUCUUGUUAGUCAAUCAACAUGUCACGCUGGGGGCGAAAAAAUGUGAAGAAGGCGCCUGAGGUGAUCCGCACUGUGACAGAAGGGCUCAAGUCUUUGUAUCGUAAGAAGCUGCUGCCUCUGGAGCAGUACUAUGGUUUCCAUGACUUCCACUCUCCCAGUCUGGAGGACGCAGACUUUGACAACAAGCCUAUGGUGCUGGUGGUGGGACAGUACUCUACUGGAAAAACAACAUUCAUCAAGUAUCUACUGGAGCAGGAUAUUCCUGGAAGCAGGGUGGGACCUGAACCCACCACUGACUGCUUCACAGCCAUCAUGCAUGGGGAGGUGGAGGGAGUCAUCCCUGGGAACGCCCUUAUUGUAGACCCCAACAAGCCUUUCCGCAAACUCAACCCUUUUGGAAACACCUUCCUCAACAGGUUUCAGUGUGCCCAGAUGCCCAACCAGGUCCUGGAGAGCAUCAGCAUUAUUGACACACCGGGGAUCCUGUCUGGUGCUAAGCAGAGAGUGAGCCGAGGUGAGAGAGGUGGCAAAGGUGGCAAAGGCUAUGACUUCCCAGCUGUGCUGCGCUGGUUUGCAGAGCGCGUGGACCGCAUCAUACUGCUGUUUGAUGCCCAUAAACUGGAGAUAUCAGACGAGUUCUCCGAGGCCAUCGGUGCCCUGAAAGGUAAUGAGGACAAGCUACGUGUGGUGCUCAACAAGGCAGAUAUGGUGGGCACCCAGCAGCUGAUGCGGGUGUACGGUGCACUCAUGUGGUCCCUGGGAAAGGUGUUUGGCACCCCUGAGGUUCUGCGCGUCUACAUCGGCUCCUUCUGGUCAGAGCCGCUGAUGGUUACAGACAACCGUAAGCUGUUUGAGUUGGAGGAGGAAGAUCUGUUCGCUGACAUCCAGAACCUUCCUCGCAAUGCAGCUUUACGCAAGCUGAAUGACCUGGUCAAGAGGGCACGUCUAGUUAGGGUCCAUGCCCACAUCAUCAGCUAUCUGAAGCAGGAGAUGCCUUCUGUCUUCAGAAAGGACAAUAAAAAGAAGAAUCUGAUCUACCAGUUGCCAGUUAUUUUCUCCAAGAUCCAGCUGCAGCAAAACAUUUCUGCUGGAGACUUCCCAGAUUGUGCCAAGAUGCAGGAGCAACUGAUGGUUCAUGAUUUCACAAAGUUCAAAACCGUGAAGCCUAAUCUAAUGGCAGCCUUGGAUGAGUUGCUCUCCGCCGACAUUGCAAAACUCAUGCCUCUCCUGCGGCAGGAGGAGCUGGAAGCAGGUGAGCAACUAGGGGUGCAGGGUGGAGCCUUCAUUGGGAACCGAGCCGGACCCUUCAAUGAGGGUGACCCCUUUGCAGAGGAGAAUGGAGAGGGAUGUGAAGAGGAGGAUGAUUGGGUCGUGACCAAAGACAAGCCCAAAUAUGAUGAAAUCUUCUAUAACCUCGCUCCCAAUGAGGGGAAACUGAGUGGCAUCAAGGCUAAGGACUGGAUGGUGAGCUCCCGCCUGCCCAACUCGGUGCUGGGUCGCAUCUGGAAGCUGUCGGAUGUGGACCACGAUGGCAUGCUGGAUGAUGAAGAAUUUGCUCUGGCCAGCCACCUGAUUGAGGUUAAGCUGGAGGGCCAUGGUCUACCCCCUGAGCUUCCUACACGUCUGAUCCCGCCCUCCAAACGCAGGCAGAAGGGUUCUGAUGCAUAGACAUGUCACAAAGUCCCUGGAGCUGAGAGAUACUCUUCUCUAUUGGCUUUCACACUUAUGCUACUGUUAGUGUUUGCUCCUAUUUUUCUCCACACCCAUGACCCAAAAAGUUGUAUGUAAUGCGUUCAACUUUUCCUCUGAGACCAAUUUGGUCUUGCACAAUGGACCGUACUGUAUUAAAGUUUAAGUCAAUCCUUUGAGACUACAACAAGGCCUUACUGCAAAAGAUUGUGUAUUAUGAAGUCACACGGGUCUGGGUGCUUCUUCCAUUUGGCUUCUCAAAGUUAGCUUUUUAUGAUGAGCAUUAAAAAUAUACCUACUUGUGUUUGCUGAGCAGAAAUAAAUAAAGGCUGGCAGCCUCUAAGUGAGCAUUUUUCAACAUAGAUUUUACUGAAAACAUAGGAAAGGUUUUCUGUAUUAAAUCCUUUAAAUUCAACAUUCAUUCAGUGACUAGAUUGGACUGGCAAAUAUUAUCUUGGUAAUAAUUUGUAAUUCGAGUGAGGGUAUCAUCUACAAGUGUAUUUACAAGACUUAUAUUGCUUGUUUAUAGCAUUUUAAACUCAAACUGGCAGCACAAAUCUAAUAACCUGCAUUUCACUUUGAUGCUUUACAUGCCACAAUUUUGUGCAGAUACUAUAUAUUAUUUUUGUAAUUGUUGCUGUUGUUUUAUAUGUGCAGGAACAAUAUCUCAGUCAUAAAAGAAUAUGACAUGCUGAGAUAAACAUUUCAACUAGACUGAAUGAUUGAUAUAUUACUGACUACUGUACACAUCUCCACCAACUGUUAACUAUAUUUGUAACCAAAAUAAAAUUCCCUGACUGUG